GCGCCGCCACUUAGAGGGCGCUUCCGGGAGGCAACUCAAAGCGUCUGCGAUGUGUGCUUCCGGCGGCUUCUAGGCGUUUGCUCAGCCUCCGGCACAACGGCGCUAAGGUAGGAGGCACGGAACCGAAGGGCUAGGAGCCCACCGGUAUUUGAGCCCCGCAGUCUCUAGCCAUGGACCGAGACCUUCUGCGGCAGUCACUGAAUUACCACGGGCCGUCAUUGCUCUCCCUGCUCCGGAGCGAACAGCAGGACAAUCCGCAUUUCCGGAGCCUUCUAGGAUCGGCGGCCGAGCCUGCCCGGGGCCCGACGUCCCAGCAGCCGUUACAGGGCAGAAAGGAGAAGAGAGUUGACAACAUUGAUAUACAAAAAUUCAUUUCCAAAAAAGCGGAUCUGCUUUUUGCACUUCCCUGGAAAUCAGAUGCACCUGCAACUUCUGACAUUAAUGAAGACAAUGAAGAUCAUUAUGCAGUCAUGCCACCUUUAGAGCAAUUCAUGGAAAUACCUAGCAUGGAUCGGAGAGAGCUAUUUUUCCGAGAUAUUGAGCGUGGUGACAUAGUGAUUGGAAGAAUUAGUUCCAUUCGGGAAUUUGGGUUUUUCAUGGUGUUGAUUUGUUUAGGCAGUGGCAUCAUGAGAGAUAUAUCCCACUUAGAAAUCACAGCUCUUUGUCCAUUAAGAGAUGUACCUUCUCACAGUAACCAUGGGGAUCCUUUAUCAUAUUACCAAACUGGUGAUAUCAUUCGAGCUGGAAUCAAGGAUAUUGACAGAUAUCAUGAAAAGCUUGCAGUAUCUCUAUAUAGCUCAUCUCUUCCACCACACCUAUCUGGUGUUAAAUUAGGUGUGAUUAGUUCUGAAGAGCUUCCUUUGUACUACAGGAGGAGUGUUGAACUAAAUAGCAAUUCUUUGGAAUCCUAUGAAAACAUCAUGCAGAGUUCCUUGGGAUUUGUUAAUCCAGGAGUAGUUGAAUUUCUUCUAGGAAAACUAGGAAUAGAUGAAUCUAAUCCACCAUCUUUAAUGAGAGGCCUACAAAGCAAAAAUUUCUCUGAAGAUGAUUUUGCUUCUGCAUUAAGAAAGAAACAGUCUGCAUCUUGGGCUUUAAAAUGUGUGAAGAUUGGAGUUGAUUAUUUUAAAGUUGGACGCCAUGUGGAUGCUAUGAAUGAGUACAAUAAGGCUCUAGAAAUAGACAAAGAAAAUGUGGAAGCUUUGGUAGCUCGUGGAGCAUUAUAUGCAACGAAAGGAAGUCUGAACAAAGCAAUAGAAGAUUUUGAGCUUGCAUUGGAAAACUGUCCAACUCACAGGAAUGCAAGAAAAUACCUCUGCCAGACACUUGUAGAAAGAGGAGGGCAGUUAGAAGAAGAAGAAAAGUUUUUAAAUGCUGAAAGUUACUAUAAGAAAGCUUUGGAUUUGGAUGAGACUUUUAAAGAUGCAGAGGAUGCUUUGCAGAAGCUUCAUAAAUAUAUGCAGAAAUCUUUGGAAUUAAGAGAAAAACAAGCUGAAAAGGAAGAAAAGCAGAAAACAAAGAAAAUAGAAACAAGUGCAGAAAAGUUGCGUAAGCUCUUAAAAGAGGAGAAAAGGCUAAAGAAGAAAAGAAGAAAAUCAACUUCUUCCUCUUCAAGUGUUUCUUCUGGUGAUGAAUCAGUUUCUUCAUCGUCCUCUUCCUCUUCUGAUCACAGAAGGCACAAGAAACAUAAGAGGAACCGUUCUGAGUCUUCUCGAAGUUCCAAAAGGCAUUCAGCUAAGGCAUCCUCAAAUCAGGUAGAUCAGAAUAAGAAAGAUGAGUGGUUCCCAGUUCCAGCCAAUACUUCAGCAUCUUUUCUUAACCAAAGACAAGAAGUGGAAAAACUACUGGAAAAGCAGGAUAGGGUUCCAUAUCAAAAGAAACAGAUAAAAGAGAAAGAUAGAUGCCCUCUCUCUUCAUCUUCAGUUGAAAUUCCGGAUGAUUUUGGAGGUAGGUCUGAAGAUCCAAGAGAUUUUUAUAAUAGCUAUAAAACUCAGGCAGGGAGUAGCAAAACAGAAAAGCCAUAUAAAUCAGAAAGACAUUUUUCCAGUAGAAGAGAUCCCUCAGAUUCCUUCUGUAGGAAUCCAGAGGACAAGAUAAAAAUUUAUGGUUAUAGAAAAAUUGAAAAAGAUAUAGAAGGAAAAAAAGAGCACUAUAGAAGGUGGGAGCCAGGUUCCAUGAGGUGUUCUACUUCACCAGCAAGCUCAGACUACUCUUCAAAAUCAGUUGAAAAAUAUAAAAAAUAUACUUAUUGUGGAUCACGUGAUUUUAGUAGACAUGAGCAAAGAUACCAAGUAAGUAAAAAUCAAGGAGAAUAUGAAAGAGAGGAUAAUUAUGAGGAGGAUAUUAAAACAGAGUUUCCAGAAGAAGAUGGACUAAAUAGCAAGGAGCAUUCAGAAAGUGGAGUUAAAAAAAAUUUACCUCCAAAUUUGCUCAAUAUAUUUAAUCAGAUAGCUGCAUUUGAGAAAGAAAAAGGAAAUAAGCAAAAAAAUUAAUAUGUCAAGGGAAUCAGCACUGUUAUACUAAAGGCUGUUAAUAAAAGUUUAGGACCUUUUAAUCAUAACAAUCUAGUGUGGAAGUCUCUGCUCCUAAAGUUAUUUUACUUGUAGAGAUUGCAGAAAAAUGCUUUUCAGUUAUUCUCAAAGUAUAUUUGUUUUAGUUGUAGGUCCCCUUUUUCACAGCUUGAUUUUUUAGUCUUUUCAUGUUCAUGCACAGUAUUUCUUACUCUUAAGAUUUAAACCAUUUAAAGAUGAUUAUCGAGGUAUUGUUUCUUCAUUGUAUUAUGGUUAAUGAGAAUUCUUUGAAUCCACCUUAACCUGCUGUUUGAGAGAAAAUUAAAUUUGUACACUAAACACUUGGGGCAUUUUCAUCAAAAAUUAUUUCAUUCUCUCUCUUGUUUAUUUAAAAGCCCUCAGCUUUUAAAAGAGAGACAUUUAUUUGAACGUUCCUUAGAUCUCAUUUUAUAUUCAUCGUCUGUUUAAAUAUUAAAAUUUUUGCAUAACUUUUAAAAUGGUAGACAGACUAUCUAAUUGGCCUCUAAAGCCUAAUUUACUUAAAAACGUUUUAUAUACCAGCUUAACAAGUACCUUAGGAAUAAAGCCAUGAAAAUUUGAUAGGAGUUCAUUUUGUUUCUUUUCUAUUUAUUUUUACUUUAUUGCUAGAAUUAUAGCCCUAAGAAAUGUUUUUUUAACUUUAAAUAUUUUUAAAAUCUUAGAGACUAUAUUCCUGGCAAGAAUUUUUCUCUAAUGGAAAGAAAAUUAGGAAACUGUCUUAGUAUUGUAGAUGUCCAGUUGGGAACAGAUUGGUCAUAUUUUUAAAAUUCUUGAGAUGGCACCGCUCCCCUGAUGCCUCCUUUCUCAAGGUGUGAAUAAAUGACUAGGCCAAUAGCCUGGUUUUACUCAGAAUAAAUUCUAGCAACUAGAGCUAACGAAAGGACAGGGAUUGUAAGGAUUUUUCCCAAAUUAUUGAAAACAUUAUAGUGUAUUAUUUGGGAAACAGAUAAGAGUCAUAUGUGUUGAAUUUAUAAUGGUCUUCAGCGUCUCUAAGAUUAUAGACACUAAAUGACAAUGGACCUUUAAUACUAUCACUCAUGAUGACACUGGAUGGAUGAGUUGGGGGAUAGGUGAGUAUCCAUCCACAGAGGUCUAAGAAAGACACUUUCAGUCCUUGUUCUGUCUCGCUGUUCUUGCCAACAGUAAAAUAACAAAAUUUAAGCAUAACUGGGCACGUAGUAUUUGUAACCUUCAGACUAGUGAUAGGAGCCUAAUGAUUUAGCUGAAAUUUGUUUUACAAUAGAACAGAGAAAGAAACUGGUCAAAAACGAUAGGUAGUAACAGGAAGAAUUGGUCAGUUGCUUUGCACCAAGAAACUCAUCUUAAAAGUGUCCCUAGUUCUUUCUGUGUAUUAAUAGCUUGGGUAUCAUUUCCAUUAGUCUCCCGUAGUAGCCUUAAAGAGUAAAAACUCUUGACAUAGCCCUUGACCUUUAGGAAUUCCUAGUACAACAUCAGAAUUUUACACACACCGUUUUAAUUUUAACAAAAUCCCUUAAUGUUUUCAGGAAACACAUCAGCAAAAAAAAAUAGUAUUGGGGAUAUAUCUGUCAAGAAUCUCUAGUGAUAUCUUAAGCAAUUUUUUUUCCUUAACAUCUUUAUGUCAAUAGUUUAUACAUACCCAGGCUUCUCUUGGUUUCCAUAAGUAGAUGACUUUCUAACACAACAGAUAGAUGUUAAGAUGGCUCCAGAUUCAGGGAUAAUGGAAUGACCCCUUGUCUUACCAUUUAGCAUUGUUACACUGAAGUUGGAAGAGUUAAAUGUAGACUUGUAUGCUGGCUGGAGAACCUAACCAUUCCACAAAUAUCGUGCUAGCCUUUGGGUGGUGAUUCAAUAACAGAAGUUAUUAUGCAGUUUCUCUGUGUCAGGCCAUGUGCAUUUUAUAUAUAUUAUCUGAUUAUUUCAGUAAACUUGUGAUGCAAGUAACUGGUACUGUCGAUAUUAUAACUGAGGAAAAAAGCAUAGAGAACUAACUUGCCCAAGGUCACAAAGCUAGUAAGACUCAAUCCCUGCCUUCAUAGAACAGUAUGUAAUAUUAUUUCAAGUUUCAAGUAAUUUACAAAGUAAUAUAGGGCAAAAAAUAAGAAUUUCGGUGAACAUAAAAAGUGAUUUAAGAUUAAUCGGUUUUUAUAUGUUUCAGCCAAAAAAUUGUUAUCCAGCUUUUCAUCUAGCUUUUUCAUCCAUCUUAUUCAUUGGACUUGGCUAUACCUUUUGCUGGUUGUUUCUAAAAGUGAUAUUUUCAAAUAAUGAUCAGGAGAAACAGGUUUACCACUGCUACUGCCUUUCAGAAGGAACGACAAAUGAUAGUUCUAAAGAAUGGCAAUUAUAACAUUUUUUUCCAAGGUUUGAAGGAGACGAUACUCAUUUAAGUACUUAGAUUCUAAUAGACUUGAAAAACAGUUUAAUAACAUUAUACUGAUACUCCACACUAUUCCAGGAGUUCAAAGUGUUGGGUACAUGUUACAAUGGAGUAUUAACUGGAAUAACUAAUUCUAUAUCUUGUGGUCUACUUCCACUAUAAAUUUAUGGAAUUCCUAUUGCAAAUCGAAUCACACCUAGCUUUGUUUAUUAAAUCAAGAAAAUUUUGAAAUACAUUCUUUAUGUUUGGUUGUCUGUAUCUAAAGAGCAAAAUCUUUAAUGUGUUUGACUUCUCUCAGGAUCAGAGCAGAAUAAUUCCUAAAAAUUUAAGCUACAUUUUUAUUGAUGUACAGUGUUUCUCUUUCCUGUCAAUUGGUUUUUUUGGUGGAGGGGUGAGGGUAAUGCUAUUUUUUGGUUAAAAUUUUUUAAAUUAUACCAAAAGAGGAAACUAAUAGAUUUCUCCCCCAAAAGUCUGGAAAAUGUUUCUUUCAAGAAAGAAAACCUAAUUUCAGGAUCUUCUAGGGUAAAUAAGAAUUUUAGUAGUGCAAUGAACUCUUUAUAGUACAAUGAAUCUUUAGAAAUUUCUUCCUGAAAAGAUUCUGUUACAUCUUUCAGGAAAAAAAGCGUAGUUUCAUGGCUAGUGUGAAGUAAUAAAGUGAACUAUUUUCUAAUAUAACAUUAAAAUAACAGUGAAAAACAUAAUUUUCCGUUUGUAUAACAUGUAGCAUUGUUAAAAUCUAUAACUGCUUUCCUUCUUUGUGAAGAAAAUAAUCAGAAAAAGGAUAAGAAAAUUAAACAUUUCCUUGGCUUAUUUGGA